UUCGACGGAUUGCACUGGAUUUCAGUAUCAGCUUGUCUGGUAAGACGCGCGGACGUGCGGAUAGCGAACUCCCGGGAGUUUCGUUCGUUCUAGAUAAAUUCAGAUGAAAUAGACAGUGUUCAAGUGUUGGAGGAAAUUCCAAGUGAAGGGAAUGUUUGCCGAAUUUUGCUUGCGUUCGAAUCGGAGACUAGUGACUAGUCACGUUUUGUAAUUUUCGAUAGCUCAAUAAUUAUCGUCAGUCGUGUGAUUUUUAAAAGUUGAACGAGUCUAAAUGUUGAGUGUCGAAAGCAGAUAAUUUGCAAUUUUGGCCUAGAUCGGUCGAAGAUCAGCGAGUAAUAUAGCCCAGACAGUGUCAGUGAGGGAUACGACCCAGUCAACGUCGUCAAGAAGACCAAGGUUCCCCCGGGGGGGAAUGGAUGAACCGAUUCAAUUAUCAUCUGGCGGUUAAUUAGCAAUGUAAAUAUGUGGAUCCAAAAUGAGCUGUGAUAUUUGCGCUGCGGUGGCGUCGGGGUAGUUUUGUGACUUUUGUGACCACGACUGCGUUCGUUGGUGGAGAAAUCGUUACACCCACAAAAGCGCGCUGCGUUGGUUUCCGGAUUGAGCUGAAAAGUGUAGAAUCCUGAGACAGCGGGAGGAAUCAACAGGAGUUAUUUACCGAAAUUUGUUGGGAGUGCUAAAUCGUGAUCGAUAAAUCCGAUCCAAGAAGCUUGUGAUCGGUGUCGAUGAAUAAAUAGCUGGAUGGUAUAUGUCUAGGGGUGAAAUCACGAUUUUUUUUCCUGGCGAGAUCUUCGGAAAGCAUACAACAGAUAUUUCCAAACGCCCCAAAGGGCACUCAAUUAGCUGGCUUGCCAUUAUUCAAAUUGGACUGCACACAGCACGGAGUGGGAAAAAGAUUUCCGGACGACAGCAGCGCCCGCUUCCACGAAUUUUGACGACGGACGAAAUCCAUCAAAAUGAUUCCACCACGGCACUUGGGGCAACACCCACGUAAAUAAAGAGAGAGAGUGAGGUGGAUCAUUUGGAUUAUCGUCCCCUUCGGAGCACCUUCCUAUAGAUUUUGGGAGGUUCCGCAGCGUAAGGCAGAAGAUAAUGAGACACAUUGUUGAAGCACUGCUCCGUCGGCACGAAAAUUUCGAACAAGAAGUAACGUGAAUGAGUAUCCUCCUCAGACUUAUCCUUAUAGUGCAAAAGUAUUUUCUCAUAAUGAAGUGGCUGAAAACUUGAAUUCUUAUAUAAGUGACAAUUACAACGGUAGCUGCGAAGAAACGAAACAUCCAGAAGAGGUAGAUAGUUAGGCCGGGAAGAGUGCCUUCCACUGGUUCCCGGUAGUGAAAAACGGAUUUCUUUUGGGAACGAUUGUACAUCGAUAAUGAGCGUAUGUAGUGCACGGCAAAAGAAGUUGGUGGUAGUGGUGGGGCUGUGGAGGGCUUUGACCUUCCUGCUAGGGGUGGUGCGGUUGCUACAAGCCGUCCCACUGUUGGACAACGAUUCGUCCUCCCUGUCGCACAUAGUGACCGAAAUGGACAUGGUCUCUUCGUCAGCAAUGAUGAGGUUGGAUUCGGUAUUGCCGCUGGACGGCAAUCACACACUGAUGCUGGAGCCGAACAGCACCUUGCCACAGGUGCACGACCCGACCGUAUUGAGCCACUCGAAGCGAGUCUGCAAAUGUUGGAACUCGACGGAUGAGUUUCUGGAGGAAGUCCAUUGCCGCUGCGAGGGAAGCUCCAUAAUGCGAGUUCCGCAGAAGUUAACCACAAUGCACAAGCUCACGCUGGAGAAGGUCGGCAUCAAGCGACUGCGGGAGAACGCCCUGUCGGUGUAUGCCAACGAGCUGCAGGAUUUAUUUUUUAUCUCCCUGAAGGACUUUCACCACAUCGAGGCCCGGGCGUUUGCCAAGCUGCGGAACCUGCGGACACUAUAUAUUGCACAUGCACCCAAGCUGCAGUUUCUGGAGUCGAACGUUUUCGAGGGAAUUUCCACUAAGCUGAAGACAUUGCGCAUCAUCCAUUGCGGACUGCUGGCGGUACCGGACAUGCGAAUGCUCUCAGUUCACAUAAUUUUACACAUGGUAGAUUUAGACGGUAAUCAGAUCCAGGAGAUCCACGAGAGAGCCAUUCAAAUCAAGACUGAUGAAUUAAUUUUAGAUAAUAAUGCACUCACCGACAUCCAUGGUGCCGCUUUCUUCGGUUCACAGGUAGCUAAACUCAGUCUGAAGCUCAACUUCAAACUGAAACACAUCCACCCAUCCGCCUUCGUUGGAAUGCGAAACAUCAGAGAGUUGGACCUAUCCGGAACGGCAUUGGAAGCCAUGCCGACUGAAGGCCUCAGCGAGCUGGAGGUUCUGCGGAUUCAGAACACCCACUCGCUAAAAACCAUCCCGUCGGUGUAUAAUUUCAAGAACCUGCAAACGGCGUACCUGACGCAUUCGUUCCACUGUUGUGCGUUCCAAUACCCGGCGAGGCAUGACCCGGACGGCCAUGAACAAGCCCUGCGACGAUUCCAUGAAGUCCAGAAAAAGUGCAUCGCUAAAGGUUAUUCCACACCGAACGUGAAAGUGGGAAGCUUCGCCGAACUGGCAACAGAUGGGACCAAAUCGAUGAGCGACCAAACAGCUGAGCUGGUUUCCGAUGGAUGGCACCGGGAAAAACGCUACGCCCAUCCCCCGACCCCGGUUGACGAAGGAAACGGCCGGUUGCGUAUCUUUUCAAGAAAUAGCAUCAAUUUCCGGCCAGAUGAGCAACAAGACGGUCCAGCAGCGGCCGGUUCUGGAGCAGACCCGGACGCCAGUCUUGCGAAGAGCGAACUGGGCGAAAGCUACUUUCAGCCCAUCACCGGCCUGCCCAUGGGAAGCAUCCUGCAAGAGGACGUAUCCGAUCUGUACACGGAGGACAGCCUGAUGGGAUUUUUCCACGAAACGGAAGUGGAACCCUCGUCGAUGGAAGCGAUCUGCGGAAACCUUACGCCCACAACAUUUGAUGUUAAGUGCUAUCCGAUGCCGGACGCGCUGAAUCCAUGCGAGGACGUAAUGGGAUCCCACUGGCUGCGUGGUUCCGUCUGGGUUGUGGUCCUGUUGGCCGUGUUUGGAAAUGUUGCGGUUCUGGUGGUAUUGUUCUCCAACAGGACCGAUUUAACCGUUCCGAAGUUUCUUAUUUGCCAUCUGGCCUUUGCCGAUCUGUGCAUGGGGCUGUAUCUGCUGCUAAUUGCAUCGAUUGAUGCACAUUCCAUGGGCGAGUACUUCAACUUUGCAUUUGACUGGCAGUACGGUUUCGGUUGCAAGGUGGCUGGCUUCCUAACUGUCUUUGCGAGCCAUCUAUCGAUCUUCACGCUGACCAUCGUCACUCUGGAAAGAUGGUUCGCCAUCACUCACGCCAUCUACCUGAACAAACGCAUCAAACUUUCGGCGGCCACCUAUAUCAUGAUUGCCGGUUGGAUCUACUCCGCCGUAAUGGCUGCCUUCCCGCUGUUUGGCAUUAGCAACUAUUCAUCAACAAGCAUAUGUUUGCCCAUGGAAGCUCGUGACACCUGGGAUAUUGCCUAUCUAUUGACGGUGCUGGGAAUCAACGGAUUGGCCUUCAUCAUCAUCGUCAUCUGCUACGCUCAGAUCUAUUUUUCACUCGGCAAGGAAACUCGCCAGGCUGCCAGAUCAACUCACAGCGGAGAAAUGACUGUGGCGAAAAAGAUGGCACUUCUGGUUUUCACAAACUUUGCCUGCUGGGCACCGAUAGCUUUCUUCGGACUGACAGCCAUUGCCGGAUAUCCGCUGAUUGAUGUGACCAAGUCCAAAAUUCUGCUGGUGUUUUUCUAUCCCCUGAACUCGUGUGCAAAUCCAUACUUGUACGCUAUUCUGACGAUGCAGUACCGGAAGGACUUCUUCACGCUGCUAUCCAAUUACGGUUUGUGUACCCAACGUGCUCAACAAUACAAAAUGACCUACUCAUUACCGACAAAUACGAUCCAAAUUGUGCCGGCAAGGGGCUCCAUAACCACCACCCUCAAUACCACAUCGAACACGAAUGGAACAACUUUCAGUCAGGUGGCUAGCAGUUGUACUAAUAUGGACCAAUCCCGUGCCAAUAGUUUGAAUGGCCACGUCACAAACGACACAGUGGUGGAAGAGGUGAAUGUGAAACCGGAUAGAAUCAACAGCCUGGCCAGCAGUGUCGUCGAGGAGCAGGAAAGUGAAACUUUUCUGUAAAUCACCACAACGAUGCCAUAAAAGAUGGGGUGUGCUGGCGUGGCUGCCAUAAAGCCGGAAAAUGGAUCAAGAAAGCUCUCACAUAAGGGUGCUCUAGGAAAAAUUAGUGUGCAAAGAGUCGUGGUGCUGAACCCUAGGUGCUCAUACAUUGCAUUGUUGUAGGACAUAACAACUUUCUUAAAAUAAUGUAUGUAGGUUUAGCCAGAUCAUAAAAAAAGUAAUUAUUGAUGUUACUUUCCAAACGUGUUGUGUUUUCAAAUCCUAUUAUUUUCUGAUUUAUCUAUGAGUAUUAUUGAUCAUUAGUGCAACAUUAUUUUUUUAAAACAUUCAUUUUUCUUGUCUACAAAACGUUUUGAAAGUUAUAAACGCUUCCAGAUCAUUAUUUUGUAAAAGUUCAAUAUACAUACCAUUUUUUAUGUUGAAGCUUGACACCCCUAUCCGAUUGCAUUUUUUAGCGAAUAUUUUUGUAAAAAAGAUAGAAUUAAUAUAGUCAGGAGGCUGAUCAUCAUUGAGCAUGAUUUGUUACAGAAUUUUGAAUUUGGUACAUGAUCAGAAAUGUUCGAACUAUUCAACUGCGAAUCUUGACAGAAGUUCUUAGUCAUCCAAAAACUUCCGGAAAGUCAUUUCAUAUGAUCUACAAGAUCUGAACAAUGUCAACACUGAUCAUAAGAAAAGUUCUGUAAUCAAGAAUAUAGAAUAUUUAAAAAAAUAUCAUAUCACAAUAAUACUCUGAGAAAAUAAGAAAAUAUUUGAAGGAUCGUAGGCUUUGAAAACAUCUAGGAAUGAUAAUUUUUCAUAAAUUGAUCUAGCGAAACUUCUGAGCGAUUUUUGAGAAAAUAAAUUUGUUAAAAAACAAAUGCUAUUAUAAGCAUAUCUUUCAUUUUAAAUUUGAGCACCAUAACUUUUCCAACAUAUUUUUUUCUCUGGCAUCCUACUCUCACAUGUAUAGCAAUGGCACCGGUAAUCAAGUACAAUCGAAUCUCACUAUUUCAUGUUUUCUUAUGAGAAAUACUUCACAUACAUGUGCCUGUGUGGUACUGACAAUUAACGGUAAAGAAACAAAAUCCCAUUUCUCACGGUUCCGUUAUUGACACUCAAAAGUUUAUUCUCCUGCCAAGCAAGCAACCAGCAAACAAAAUACGAAAAAUGGAAAAUGUUCAUUCCCAUGCAAAUCUAUAUGUGAUACUGGAACCUCGGUGUGUAAACUCAAAUUGCUAAAUGCUACGUAUGAUGCGUGUUAAACACGAGAUGUAUUCGUUUCCCUUGGAUGCACUAGAACUUUAUGUGAAUAUAAGAGAGGGGAGGCGGAGGCGUGUGGUUGAGAUUGAGAGAUCAGAAUGAUGAUGAAUAUAAAUUCGGUGAUAACCCAUCCGGGGGUAGAUAGGAUGUCUGAGCUAAAGUGGAGACCCAAAAGUGCCAGGAUCUAGAGGCGAGAGGGGUCAGCAAGACAGAGCGAUCGUAACGCGAUAGGAUUACCAAUAAAUCCAAGUUUUAUGUGCUUGACGAAA